AAAAGUCAUUCAUUUCCCCCAAAUAUUUUCUCUCUCCCCUUUUCUUCCUAAACCCUACGAAUCUUCCUAAGCCUUCUACCGUCCACCAUUUCUAGCUCUGUUUUCAGUUUGAUUUUUCUUCAUCGUCUACAAAAUCACGGAAGGAUACAUUUGAAAUCGCAGACGAUGAGGUGAAUGUUUCCUCCAUUGAAGUUACGAAGCCCUAUUCAAACGCCGCAAAACUUGACUGAUACUUCACAGCAACGGUGAAGCACGACUCAGUUCGGUUCCGAUUGAAGUUCCUCGCCGCCAUUCUAGAUUAUCAACCAAAAUGGGUAGACAAGCUAAAAGACGACAAGAAUUAAGCGAUAAUGAAAAUACUGAAUCAGACCCGGCUGAAGAAAUGUAUGAAAUUGCGGAUAAAAAAGCAAAAGUGGCUGCAAAGAAGAAAGCUCCAAUAGCAAAACGUUCCAAAAUGGUAAUAUCUCCAAAACAACACACACAGCCAUCUAGACAACCACCCAGACAACCCCAAGCCACAAAACCAUCACCGGCCAAAAAACCUCCACCGGCCAAAAAACCACCACCGACCACAAAACCACCACUGGCCACAAAACCCUCAACAACUCAAAGCAAAAGAAAUCUACCAAAGAAAAGGCCUAGUCCAUCCAAAGAAGUUUCAACAUCAUUUCAACAUGAUUUGGAAUUUGUCUCUUCUGAAGCUGUCCAGGUUGAAGCUAACGCAACAGAAUUGGUCAAUACACGUUCCUUUAUCUUGGAAAAUACCGAAUCAACUCAACACCAAUGUAAUAUAGAAAGGGAAGAAGAAGAUGAUGAUGGCGAUUCAAUGGAAGAAGGAGACUUACAACAUCUUAGCCAGUCAACAAAGACAUACAUUGAAAUAGUUGGAGAGAAAUUUUACCCGGAUAUCCUGAAAAACAUACAUCGAAUCAUCACAGGCUAUUGGAGGGGGCCAUACGUGAACUGGAAUCAAGUUCCAGAAGAUAUUAAGAUCAUGUGGUGGGAACAAUUCACAGAGUCAUUUGAGUGGGAUCCUACUAAAGAGGAGGAAGUGAAUAAACUAUUCAAAAAGAAGGCUAGUGCAAAGAUCAAAAAUUUUAUGACUAGGGCCAAAAAAUCUUUGAAGAAGCCCUCACACAUUACUUUAGAAGAUUGGACUGAGAUGAAGAAAAAUUUUGUUGAACCUAAGUAUUCACAGAAGUGCACGAAGAUACAAGAAAAUCGCAAGAAAUACACAGAGGACGGUGGUGCAACAUACUGUGGAGGUUCUAUCCCGGCUAUUGAGCACCAAAGAAGAUUGACCGAGGAACUUGGAAGGCCCGCAACCAUUUAUGAGACAUUUGAAAAGACAUUUAAAAAGAAAGAUGGAACAUGGAGUGGAAAAAGGGCCGUAGAUGUUGUGAAUUCUUUCACUCAACUAACUCAAACUCAGGAAUCUAUGGAUAUGAAUGAGAAACAAUCAGAUAUGGAGCUGUGGAUGGAGGCAGCGGGGAAAUCGAAGAGUGGUCGUGUAUUUGGAAUAGGAUACAUGGGUAGGAAACAACUAUUUCAGAAUGGUCAGUUCAAUACACAACUAAGUUUGGAGGUAAAUACCCUCAAAGAAACGGUAAGUACUUUACAAAUGCAAAAUUCAGAGAAAGAUAAAGAGAAUGCAAUUCAUAAAGAAGAAUAUACACAACAACAAGAGAGAAUUAAACUGUUAGAAUCUAGUCAAGUUGAAUUGGUUCAGGACAAAGUUCAUCUUCAAAAUGAAGUAAAGUCUUUAAAUGAAAAAAUGGACGAAUUCAUUAAAUUAUGGAAAGCAUCGGGUCAACAAACGAGCCAAAACAUUACAACUCCGGAGGGAUUAUAAAGAAGGUUUGUCUAUUGGAAGUAUAUUUGGCAAUGGAUGAGGUGACCAAUGGAUGGGGUGAACAAUGGAUGGGGUGAACAAUGGAUGGGGUCUAACAUAAUGGAAGUAUAUUUGGCAUGAUUUUUGUUGUUUUUGAACCUAAUUAAUACUUUUUCAAUUUCUGGACAUGGUUUAUGAUGUUUUUGAACUUAGAAUUCCUUGGAUUUUAUUUGCAAAUGUAUUUUGCAAAUUUGUAAUGAAUGAUGCUUAUUUUGGUUUU